CAAUUUCUGAAGAAGAAAAGCGUUUCCUAACUCUGGACCCUGUUUGGCUUUGCCAGUCCCAGACAGACCCGCAGAAACAGAUCAGAGCGAGUCGAUCUGGUUCCUACUGGAGACAGUGAAGACAGUGCAGGUGCCAGAUAUAAGAUGAGGCUGUUUCCAGUUAUAGUUACAAUAUUACUAACGGUGGCCGUGGCUUAUUACGUGUACGUCCCCCUGCCAGAUGCCAUCCAGGAGCCGUGGAAGUUGAUGUUGCUGGACGCUGGAUUCCGAUCAGCGAUGCACCUUGCCUCUUUGAAGGAUUGGCUGGGCUUGGACAACUCCAUGAAAUCUUUUGGACAAUCCACAAAGGGCUUCGUGGAUGUGGUGAAGGGGUUAUUCGGUUCUGAGUCUGGUGGAGGGGUUGUGCCGGGAGUGAAGGUCAGCGACAUCACUUUCGCUGGCAUCCCAGUACGUGUUUAUGAGCCCCCGGCUGGAGGGGAGGGCCAUCUGAGGAGGGGAUUGGUGUACUUCCAUGGAGGAGGCUGGGCCUUCGGCAGUAGCAAGAUGGGUGCAUAUGAUGCCCUCACCCGCAUGUUGUCUGACGAGCUCGACGCUGUUGUGGUCUCUGUUGAGUAUCGCCUGUAUCCAGAGGUGCGCUUUCCAGUGCCGUACUUAGAUUGCCUCGCUGCUGCCCAACACUUCUUGUCCCCAGAGGUUCUGGCCAAGUAUGCGAUUGACCCCGAGCGUGUGGCUGUGUCAGGAGACAGUUCAGGCGGAAACCUGGCUGCUGCAGUCGCUCAGGAGAUUGCCAUAGAUGACACAAUGACUGUGAAGUUCAGUGCUCAGGCCUUGAUCUACCCAGUGCUCCAAGGUGUGGACUUCAACACGCCCUCCUACGUGCAGAACCAACACAUACCCAUCCUCUACCGGCCCCUCAUGGUUCGUUUUUGGCUCCAGUACUUGGGUGUGGAUCUUUCCCUGCUGCCCCAGUUCCUGGUGAACAACCACAGCUCCUUACACCACUCAACCAUCACCCCAGAGCUGAGGGCACGGAUCGACUGGACCGUUCUCCUGCCCCCAAAAUUCAAGAAGAACUACAAGCCUGUGAUUGCUGAAAAAGGUUUGCAGGGGCUUGUGAAGGAGGUGCCCGGGCUGCUGGAUGUGCGGGCGGCACCGCUGCUGGCAGGACCAGAGGUUUUGGCCAAAUGCCCACGGGCCUACAUCAUAACAUGCGAAUAUGAUGUUUUGAGGGAUGACGGGCUGAUGUACGCACGCCGCCUGCAGGAUGCAGGAGUCACAGUUACCAACGACCACUACGAAGACGGCUUUCAUGGUUACCUAUCCAGGGAAUUUGAUGCAGGCAAACGGGCAGUCAGACGAUACAUCAGCUGGCUGCAGGACAACUUGUAAGAGUGUGUAUGUGUGUGUACGUGAGUGGUAGGCACAUGCAUACAGUAUGUGUGUGUGUGUUCCACUGGUACAAAUUCACUAGCACUUUCUUUGUCAAUCUUAGUCCUACUCAAGGGCUUGUACAUCUGCUUUUUGUGUAAAAAUAUAGGAUCUAAGCUCAGGGGCCUCAUGUACCUGUACAUGUGAAUUUGAAAUGAUAUUAGCAGUUCACAAUCUGCUGACAGUGAAGAGGGACAUGGCUAACACUGACCAGCUAAGAGAAAUAGUUAAUACCUGCAUAAAAACACAACAUCACAGCCACAUAACCUUUUCCUGAAAAUGGAGGGAUUGAACACCACAGUGGUUCUGAUGACUCAGCUGCUAAACAGAUAACACACGCUGCAUAUAUACUCUACUACAGAAUGCACCAGCUCAUAACAGUUUUCAUGCUCAGACAUGCUUUUGGUUCUUACCCAGGGGCUUCAGGAGGGAGAGAGAAUAUCUAAAGCAGCACCAGAAAGUAUCACUUACAAUGGCGCCCUCUAGUGGCCCCCCAUUCAUACAAAAAUGACUAUAAUCCUCUGACUUUACUGAUCGCUGGUGGGAAAACCACAAGCUACCCAGCAGUAAUUCAAAUUAAAAGCAUGUUACAACUAGCUCCUCCUUUACCAGCUGCAACAUUAAAUGUAAUAAGCAAUAAUGCACCAGUAAUUGUAAUCAAAUCCAGUGAAAUACAUUAAUGUGAAAUGUGCCGUUCUGCACGGUGCAUACUUUUAGCAUUUUGUUUUGAUGCUAAUACUUAUGUAAUUCUACUUCAGUAACAUUUUACUUGUAAGAGUAUUUUACCUUACUGUUACUUUUACUUGGGGAUCUGAGUACUUCUUCCACUGCAGAACAUCUUCUUAGCUGUAUCUCAGCCAGCUGCAACAGGAAAAAAUGCUGCCUACACAUUGUGUUGGUGACAGUAAUCCAAGAAUAACAACAACUGCAUAACCAAAUGUGACCCUUGGCCUACCCUUAGCCUACUUAAAAGAUUCUACUUUUGGAUUUGAUUUCAUGUUCUUUUGGCUAAAGGACCUAGUUAUAUAACAUUCAAAAUAAUAGAUGACAAAAAUGAAGGAUUACUAGGUAGAUAUUAACCUGUGUGUUUUGGCUCAGUUUCUGUGCUCCCACAUUCACAUGCAGUUGUUUCCUAUUAGGGAAACACCCUUCCACUGACAGAUUAACUAAGUCAUUGGCAAAUGUCUGCAUGCAUUAUGCUGCACUAGCAUUUUUCAGCGUCUUUGUUUUAUGAGACAAUGAGCAGGUGUCAUGCUCUGAUGGGAAUUUAGGGAUAUUCCAUGAUUUUACUGAGAGGAACAUUGAGAGGAUAGGCCUCAGGGGGGAGAGAAAAGAGGAGUACAGGGCAGAGGAGGGUGGAAGGACUGUGAGCCAUUCCCUAAAUCCAUUACCUGUCUUCUGGGUUUUAUUCAGGUUCUUUGCUUAGAAGGAAACAGCUUUAACUUCCAGAGAAGCAGCCGCUCUCCUUAUGCUUUCCUGUUUCCAAUUACUCUUGUAACUGAUUUCAGAUUCAGGGUUUGGAAAAGACUUUGAUACGAGUCACUGUGUGCAACAGUUUCACAGAACCACAGAGACAUAAGCUGUUGAUGAGUUGGUGUUAACCAAAGUUUGGUUUCAGGGUUUUCAAGUUAUAAUCCAUAAAAUGCACAUGAAAAUAAACCCUGCAACAAUUACUAUUCAACAUUAUUCUGUCUUGUGUGUUUGCCUCACUACUGUUCACUCUCCCCACAGUUAAACAUGGGAACAGAAUACACAAUAAAACUGAACUUUGGUUUUAGGGCAGAUAAAACAAAUAAGACACAAUGUGUGACUAGAUUAGCUUUAGCGGUGUUGGUCUACAGAGUCUGUCAAACCUUUAGACUUUCCAGUUUUUAUUCUGAGCUAACCAUCUGCUAGUUAUAUCUUCAUACUGAACCAGCACACAUGAGAGCGGUCUCUAUCUUCCAGAUUAACUCUUGGCAGGACAGCAAAUUAGAAUAUGCCCCAAAAAUGUCAAACUACUGACGUUUUGAAACACCAGAGGAUUAAAGUCAGUCAGGGCCUGCUGCAUGCGAACAAAGUUAAACGUCGCUGACUGGAUUGGCCUAUGAGGUGAAAAAAAUUUUUUUCAUAUAAAGAGUGGAAAAUGAAAAUGUAUUUUUAAAUGGUAGUGGUUUUGGGUAGGUGGAUUUGAUGCUGCCACGGCAUUUCCCCACACAUUGCCUCCCUCUCUCUGUGUGUGUCUGCCAUGGGACUGAAGACAGGCAUGUCUCUCAGGGUGUCAUCUUUCCUGCCUGAGGCCAGACUGUCUUCAGAUAUCACUCACCUCCUAUGCUCAUCCUCUCUGACAAGCCUGGGAAGUGACUCAUUUAACACAACACAGGAAACCACUUAUCACUUUCUCUUCCGCAUUUUGAAAUAUCAAUCAGUAAAGGAACCAAAGAAUACUUCUUUUCUUCAGCUGCCGUUCUCACUGAAACAUUUUCAGAGGAGUCUGGUGCUACCAACUGUCAACCUGCUACGGUAUAUAUGGCACGACUAGGUGCACAUUAUCGCUGCGUGCAUGGUGGUAUGAAUGUCCUUUAAAUGCUUUAAUACAGGCUUCGAUUACUGGGAGAAAGCUUCCACAUCCAAGAGCUAUAAACUCCUUUACUUCCUUACAUGGACAAUGGAGCAGGGGUUAAAUGUGAAGGAAUGAAAGUACAGGAACCAUCAGGAAUCACUCAAGAUUAAGUUCUGAAAGUUCAAUGACUCCCCUGUGACAGAGACUAUUUAGGGCUGCACCGAAGGCCUAACAAUGGAGGGUCAUUUGGCACUAAUCGGAUAGCAUUCUCUCACAUCACUUCACAAUAGCAGGAAAGAGAAGAAAAAAGGCUGUUUUCAUCUUGCUCUCAGAUGCUGAUAACUGUUAUGUGCCCUGUAC